AUGUCGUCGUCAUCACAAGUCCACCGAUCCUCUGUCCAUACAUUGACACGCAACUUGCACUCCACCCUGGCGGUACACAUUAGUAACAUACUGAGGUUGAGCCUGAACAUACAGUUGUGGAGGCAUCUGGAGGCAUCUGCUGCUUCAGCAAGUGCUGGACAUGGCAACGUCAUUGUUAAUGAUGAUGGUGAUGACGCUGUCAUCGAAGUUGAGUUAGUUGUAGGGUGGGUGUGGGUGGAGAUAGGAGUGGGUGACUUUGAGAGUAGUGUGGAAUUGGGAGUUGAUGAGGUGGAGGAUGUGAAUGGGAAGAAGAAGAAAUUGAUGUGGAAGGUAAUGGGUGUCCAUGAUGAGAGUGUGAACGAGGCGAUGAAGUGGCCGACCCCAACGCUUGUUGAGACGAGGGAGAUUGAGGUGAUGAACAAGUGGGCGUUGAAGGAGUUGAUGGUGGUGCGACAUGAUGAUGAAAGUCGGGAUGAGGGCCAUGCUGUCUCGAAUGAGCAGGUGAUGGACGAGAGACGUCCAUGUGAUGUCGCCGUCGCUGCUACCCCAGGGUUAGAUGCUGAUGAGAAUGAAACACUGAUGCUGAUACUGACAGGGCAGAACGAGGAGGAGCGGUGGCGCGAUAAAGAAUUUGAGGUGUCCCCUGGUGGAUGGAUGAGGGUUCAUACUCCCCGUUCAUAUGUAUGGGUGAGCCAAGAUUUGGAGAACCUGCUGGAUUACCGUUUGGAGUGUUGCCAUUUAUAUCUGCCUGACCACCGCUAUGACAUGGCCAUUGUCUCGGAGGAGGCAACUCCAACAGCAUGCCCAUGGUGGACAUGUUCAUCACUGGCGGCACCCCAUUUGCAGCAUUGUUUGCCAUAUGGAGGCCGUGAUAAGCUUGAGGUGGUGGCAUCAUCAUCAUGCUGUUGCGAGGUACACCGUAAUACUUGGUGCUGCAGUAAUACUGUUGCGCCAUGGAUAUCUGAGAUGGCUGAGAUGGUUGGGAUGUUCCAUUUGGGUUGGGAUAUUGCGGCACACCUUGGGGGCCUGGCGUAUAGUUGA